CUCGUCUUCUCUGAAACGCACCGCUGGUGUUCUACUUUGUGCCUUGUACGAUAUCCGCGUACCGCGAUCUAAAAUCACGUUUGUGUUGUAGUUGUUUCUCACUCCGCUGAGAUGCGCUCGCUAGUUGUUGCGCAGAAGCGCGUAGAUCUACGUGUAGAGGCGAGAAGGUGAAGCUUGGUGGUCGCCUGACCUGGCGCCGUUUGGACGAGACGGAGGGCGUCGGAAUGUCCAUUCGUUCGGCCGAGCACUGGCCCGCUGAAUGGACAUGCUGCAGCGCUGGGACGGUUGCAGGAUGCAGCUGGACGUAGUGGUGAUGCCAGUGACGAAGGUGGUCGUGCCAGGGGUGCCAGGUCCACCUGGUGCUCCUGGUCGCCUCUUUCUUCGAACCUUCCACGUCAAGUUUUCCAUUCUAGUACUAGUACUAGUAGUGGGUGAUACAAUGACGUCUGAUGUCUGGGAGAUGUGGGAAACUGCAAUGCUGAACAAACAUUGUACAGAUGUGAAUUCAUCCAACCAGCACUAAACAAGACCAGUUAGGCACCCACUCACCCACUCACCCACUCACUCACUUUCUCUCUGUCACAACCAUAAACACAGUGUUGAAAUCUACACACACUGCUCUGUAAACACAUUAUCAUAGUGUUGCCUAAUCAGCCAGUACUUGGCAAGGUUGCCCACAGAAGGAAAUCUGCAAGCAAAGAGGUAGUCUGCCCAAAGUCCCUCCUGAAGUUCUGCUCAGAAAACAUAAAACAGCAGGAGCUCGUGUGAAGAGCUGCACGUCAAGCUAGUUUGUGCUGGGAAGCAGGGAGGAGAGGGGCAAUAUAGACGUGAAGGAGGGCUGAUGCGGCUAGCCAUGGAUUAGAACGUUACUCCUCCUGUUACUCCUGUUACACCUCCUGCAAUUGCCUGCUGGCUGCACCUGUCCUUCUCCGGCUGUCGAUCGGUGUGUAGACCACCGGCCAGAGCAGCCACAGGGAGGGAGGUAGUGUGUGUGUGUGUGUGUGCGUGGCCUGUCAUUGUGCCACGUUACCUGUAUGUAAACGAACAGAGUCCUCUGGGAGAUCCUGAUCAUGUUACUGGCCAGUCCCAUCCAACCGACCAGUCAAGGACCGGACAAUGUUACUAUGACCAGUGAGAUCUCUUUGCCAUCGCUAUACAGUAACAACGGAACUUCUCACGGUCAACAUCAGCAGCAGCAACAGCAGCAGCAAUUCAUGGAUUUUCGCUCUCUCAACAUGGGUGACCAACAGGUUGCUGGUCAGCAAGCCCCUCAGCAGCAGCAGCAGCAGCAGCAGGACGGUAGGUUUUGGGCAGGCAACACCGGGACAUCCUUCUCGCAGGCGCUGCAAGGUGCUGACGCGUCGUUCGGUGCCAACCGCUCCAGCCUGACCAGCGCGCUGGAGUCACAGAUAGCCGCGUCCAGCAUGGGCCACCAGAUGCCCGCCACCGGGACCGCCGGUGGAGUGGCGUCGCAGAUGCAGAUGCCGCCGUUUAGCAGCGGCGGUGGUGGUGGCGGUGUGUCGUCAGGAGCAACGCAUGGCGGCAUGUACAACGGCGCUCGCCAGUCGCAUCCCAACAUGCCCGGGCAAGGCAUGUCUGUGUCAACGACGUCCGAUCCGUCCGCCGGACAGAGUAUGGUGUCGCCGACGAUGCCACAGGGACCUGGUGGUCUCGGCGCGCCGGACUCCCUCCAAUCCUCGACGGUGGCAGCGCAGGGAAAUCUUGGAGGAGGACUCGGUGGGCCGUUGGGACAACAGGCUGGGUCUGGGAUGGACUCUUUCAGCGGUGGAAGCGAUUUCUUCGCUGAUGAUCUUCUAAAGAGUCUCACCAGCGGCGACGACUCGUUCAUGAGUGGUAUGAACAACUCACAGCUGCCCAUGUCCGGUGGUGUUGGCCAGUACCCUAUGUCAGGACAGCAGCAGCAACAACAGCAGCAACAGCUACCGUCAUCUGGUCUGAGCACGCCAAGUACGGGUAUGCCGUACGGCGGUGACACCCAGUCGAUGAUGCCGCAGUCCGUAAUGUCCAGGUGCUCGCCUGGCAUGCAGGCGACGCCCAUGCAGCAUGCCAACAUGUCACAACAGCAGCAGCACCAGCAGCAGCAACACCAGCAGCAACAACUUGCUCAACAACAACAGCAGCAGCAGCAGCAGCAUCAUCAGGGGCAACCCGGCGGGCAGUUUGGCAUGGGCGCGUCUCGGCCCGGCCUGGGCAAUAUCCCGCCGGGCGGCCUCAAUACUGCGUUCGGUGGCCCAAUGGUAUCUUCACAUCAGCAACAAGCUCCACAACAUCCAAACAUGCAUUCCCAGGCUGUUCAACAGCAGUCCGCUAUGCAGCCAGUUAAUCUCCAGCAGCAGCAACUACAGCAGCAACAGCAGCAGCAACAACAACAACAACAACAACAACAACAACAACAACAACAACAACAACGUAUGGCGCAGGCACAUCAGCCAAUGCAGAUACAGCAGCCGGUCCAACAGAAUCAGCCGUUCAGCCAGCAGCUUUCGCAAGGUUUCCAACAGCAGCAGCAGCCUCAGCAGCAGCAGCACCAUGUGACCCCGAGCAACAAUGGCUCCGCUGCUGCUGCCGCUGCUCCUCCGAAAUACUCCUUCCUGAAUCCGAGUGCCAAUGCUGCCGCGAUGACCACGCCGAGUCGACCAUUGUCUUCACUUCGCCCAAGCACUUCUCUAAACCCGGCCAUUCUGCCUGCCACGUUGAAUGUCACGGCCCAGAGCACACCAGCAACGUCGACAAUAACAACGUCAUCGGCUUCCAGCAGCGGCGGGCCCAUGCCCACCAUGAACAUCAAUGUUCGGCCGGAGUCGAUUCCGCCUAUUCUGUCCACCAUGACGCCUGCGUCGAGUUUAGAGAACAUACCUCCGCUGCCAGGCCUGGACCACUGGUGUCGUAUUGCGUACAAUGAACUGGACGUGCAGGUCGGAGAGAUCUUCAAGGUACGCGCCAACCAGACCAUGGUGACGGUGGACGGCUUUGUCAACCCGUCGGUGCCCAAUCGCUUCUGCCUCGGCCGCCUGAGCAACGUUCAUCGCACCGAGAAGUCGGAGAAGGCCCGCCUGCACAUCGGCAAGGGUAUCGAGCUGGAGAGGUAUCAUACCGGUGAUGUCUGGCUGAAGAACCGAGGUGAGAACCCGGUGUUCUUGCACAGCACGUUCUGUGAUCGCAACGCACACAACAUCAAGGGCGACCGCCAGGCGUCAGCCGUGCACAAGAUCUUCCCGAACGCCGUCAUCAAAGUGUUUGACUUGGCGCAGUGCUACGAAGACUUGAAGGCACAGCAGGAUGCGGCCCAGGCGGCAGCCGUUGCGCAAGCUGCGGCCGUGGCAGGCGACAAAACCCUGCUAGCUGGUGCUAGCGCCGUGGCGCUGGCCAACACCGGAUCCAACGCCACCCUGGCCAGCGUGGCCAGUCUCGGCGUGGAUGACCUGCGCGCCAACGCCGUGGUGCGCAUCAGCUUCCUGAAGGGCUGGGGACCGGAGUACCCGCGCAGGACCAUCAAGGAGACGCCGUGCUGGAUUGAAAUACAAAUGCAUCAGGCACUGCAGUUACUUGACAUUGUUAUCCAGUCCAGUCAAUUGGGAUCCGUACCACCUGUUCGAGACAACUAGGUAUCUGGAGUUCCGUCGCCUCCUCCCGUCUAUUUCGUUCUAUCUUAUCAUUUUCCUGGAUGCCGUGAGACAUACUGUACCACUGUACCAUCCACCCGCUGCCUUGAUACCGCCGUUAUUUAUCUACGUUUCCCAUCAUUGCAGGCCUACCCAAACCGGUUCUUUGUGUACUCGGAUCCGUGCGUGUGUAUUCUAGCGUCGUUUUGAAUCCAUGCUGAUGUGGUGUGUUGUGCAAUCGGGUAACGUUCUGCCUUGAGCACCGGGGUACUCUCCAUGGGAGGUGGCCCACGGAGUUGUGUGUGCGUGUGUGUGUGUGUGUGUGUUCGCGUGUACAUGUGCACGCACGCACGCAAAUGCGUUUGGCGUUCUGAUAGGUUUGAGUGUGUCGUCGACAUGUGUGUUUGUGUGUGUGUGUGUGUGUGUGUGUGUGUGUGUGCGCACGUUUGUGCGCGUGUGCGUGUGUGUGUGUGUUGAACUUCAAGCUGUUGAAUCCAUCGGCUUGUGUGCGUGCAUGCGUUCUUCAAAGUCUGGCCGCGAGUCCCAUGAAUUAGGUCCAGUCAAUGUCUUCAGCCUUAUCCAGUUUUCGGACACCUUUGGCCCUGUGCUUGUUUCGUAUUUUGGUUUUACUCUUCAUAGAUUACUACUGUUGAUAUUAUUCGUAUACUCGUUCUAGGAGUUGACCCGUGUGAGUAUUUCGUCUGCUAAUUCCAGCAUGAUUGGCAAGAUAGUGACUCUUGCCGUUAUUCCGAACCUAUUUUAGUCUUUCUCCUUCUGUGCUUUAAUCCAACUGCUCAUAUGUAGCCGUAACCAAGCUCACAAUGUUCUCCUCCAAGUAGAGGCUAUUAUAAAAUAACCCUCAUCUUUUAAACACCA